AUGCUUGACAAGUACAUUUUUGACGGAAAUGUACCCGAAGACAAGAAGUAUGAUCCCUGGCACUCCCACCUCAUACGGGAUGGCACGGGGAUUGCGGGUUACCAGCCAACCGAUGCGGACGCCCUCGAGCAAUCUAUAGCUUCGGGGGAAAGCCAAAAGACCAAAGCGGGCGGAUUUGUCCGGCCACACGAGCACGUCGGCGAUGACGAAACCGUGGUCGACGCACCAUCCGCGGAUUUCACUUCAGCUGAACCUUUCGUCGCCGACGGCGAUGCUUGGCACGAAGAGGCUCCAGAGGAAAGUGCAGAUGAGCCCGAACUUCCAGAAGACACCCCAGCGCAGCAGCUCUUCAACCUCUGCGUGCUUUGGUUUGGCGGGCUGGGUUUCGCGAGGUUGACUGCAUACUGCAUGCUGGCGGAGCGGCGUUGGAGCGUUGAGGACCCGCCAUGGCUGACGUGGAGCAUGCUCAGCGAAUUCAUGGAGUUCUGGUUCCUGAUAACGUUCUGGGUUAGGCUAUUCGUUGUCUUCUUUCCAGAUCGGGAGGUCUCGGUCGAAAGAGAGCCGCACCCGGAACCAUGGGACGGUCGUUGA